AUGGGCAAAGUUAACGAUGAGGAUAUGGACUACGAGGCUGCGAUGGAAGAUGAUGAAGCCUCGUUUGACGGAGAACCUAACGUCGAUGAAGAACUGAGCGACAUUGUUGAGUCGCAUACUCCUUUGAUGGUUGAAGCAGACACAAUCCAUUUUUUUCGAACAGAUAUGGAAUUUCACAGUAAAGAGGAUGAUGUUUCGUAUGCUAGGAGAUGUAGCCGUAGGCAUGGAGUAGUUGUGGUUGUCAAAAGAUUAGACUUAAACGAUCAGAAGAGAACUCCUAGGAUAUUUGGGUGUCAGAGGAGUGGAGGAUACAGGGCAAGAGGUGUUCCAAAGAAGAGAAAAUCAUCAACAAAGAAAUGUCAAUACCCUUUUUCUGAAAGCUCAAGUAGACUAAGUGCAGAGGAGAAGGAAAUUGUUGAGAGGCUAAGCAGGUCAGGGGUGAAGGCAAGAGAAAUAUUGAAUCACCUGAAGCUCAAGGAUCCUACAAAUGCAUCAACAAUCAAGAUACUCUACAAUGCUAGAACUGCUCCAAGGCUUUCUGAGACUGCUAGUAAGUCACAUAUGCAACAGUUGUUCACGUUAUUAACUGAGAAUGGGUACGCUACAAGACAUUGUUAUGAACCAAAAACUGAGGAAUUACAAGACUUGUUCUGGUGUAACUCUACUUCAAUUCAACCGGCCAGAGCUUUUCCUUUUGUUUUUAUGCUAGACUGCACAUACAAUACCAACAAAUAUAGGCUACCUUUGUUGCAAAUUGUUGGAGUUACUUCUACAAAGAAGACAUUCUCUAUUUGUUUUUGCUAUAUGAGUGCAGAGAAAGAAUACAAUUAUGUGUGA